AUGAAGUCCACAAUCCUCGCAGUCCUGACUGCCACAGCAGUACUGGCCGCACCGACUCCCAACACCGCCGGCAGCAGCAAGCGCGUGGCCCAAGGCGGAGACCUGCCAAGCUACCCGAGCUAUGGCGACUAUAGCGGCGCCGGUAGCGGCUCCUCUGGCAGCGGCGAGGGCGCGAACCUCGCGAGCUACCCGAGCUACGGGGACUAUGGUGGUGCUGGCAGCGGCUCAUCCGGCUCCGGCAGCGGUGACGACGGUGCCAAUCUCGCGAAUUACCCGAGCUAUGGCGACUACGGCGGUGCUGGCAGCGGUUCUUCCGGCUCUGGUGGCAGUGGCGAGGGCGCAAACCUCGCGAGCUACCCGAGCUACGGCGACUACGGUGGUGCUGGCAGCAGUGCUGGCAGCGGCGAGGGCGCCAAUCUGGCGAGCUACCCGAGCUACGGCAGCUAUGACGGGUCUGGCAGCGGCGAUGGCGCCGGCCUGUCGAGCUACCCGAGCUAUGGUGCCUAUCGCCGUGCCGUGGUCGACUGGGUCAAGAGCUGGUUCCAGUAA